AUGGAAUCCGAUCCCGAACCCGUUAAGCAUCGGGCUUUCCCGCCCAGUAAAGAAGGGCUGAAGAAUUUGGCAGGAAAGACCUUCGGCCAUCUGUACAGGGUGGUGGAGAAACGUCAGAAGACAGGUGAGGUGAUCGAGUUAACCGAGGACGGACGGCCCUCGGAGCAGCAGGAGAAGAAACCGCCUUUAUGUGACUGCACGUGCUUCGGCCUCCCGCGCCGUUACAUCAUCGCCAUCAUGAGCGGCCUCGGAUUCUGCAUCUCCUUCGGCAUCCGGUGUAACCUGGGCGUGGCUAUCGUGGGCAUGGUCAAUAACAGUACCAUACACAAGGACGGCAAGAUCAUCAUCACAGAGAAAGCGAAAUUCAACUGGGAUCCAGAGACGGUGGGGAUGAUCCACGGUUCAUUCUUCUGGGGCUACAUCGUCACACAAAUACCCGGAGGGUGGAUAUGCUCGCGACUAGCAGCAAACAGAGUGUUUGGGCUAGCCAUCUUCCUCACGUCCACCCUCAACAUGCUCAUCCCCUCCGCUGCCCGGGUGGACUAUCGCUGCGUCAUGUGUGUCCGGAUACUACAAGGUCUGGUGGAGGGAGUGACCUACCCAGCCUGUCAUGGCAUCUGGAGUAAGUGGGCCCCACCACUGGAGAGGAGCCGUCUGGCCACCACCUCAUUCUGUGGAUCCUAUGCUGGUGCCGUGAUAGCCAUGCCUCUGGCUGGGAUCCUGGUCCAGUACUCUGGCUGGUCCUCCGUCUUCUAUCUGUACGGCUGCUUUGGGAUGUUCUGGUACAUGUUCUGGAUCCUGGUGUCCUAUGAGAGCCCAGAGGUUCACCCCACCAUCACCGCCGAGGAGAGACGUUACAUCGAGGAGAGCAUCGGAGAGGGUCAAGAACUAUUCGGUCCUGCUAGCAAAUACAAGACUCCGUGGAGGAAGUUCUUCACCUCAAUGCCCGUCUAUGCUAUCAUCGUGGCCAACUUCUGCAGGAGCUGGACGUUCUAUCUGCUCCUCAUCAGCCAGCCGGCCUACUUCGAGGAGGUGUUCGGCUUCGAGAUCAGCAAGGUGGGCAUGGUGUCGGCCCUGCCUCACUUGGUGAUGACCAUCAUCGUGCCCAUCGGAGGACAGCUGGCUGACUGGCUACGCACCAGAAACAUCCUGUCUACUACCACCGUCAGGAAGAUCAUGAACUGUGGAGGGUUUGGAAUGGAGGCUACCUUGCUUCUCGUGGUUGGUUUCUCUCACACCAAGGGUGUGGCCAUCUCUUUCCUGGUCAUGGCUGUGGGCUUCAGUGGCUUCGCUAUAUCGGGUUUCAAUGUGAACCACCUGGAUAUCGCCCCUCGCUAUGCCAGUAUCCUGAUGGGUAUAUCUAACGGCGUGGGAACCCUGUCAGGGAUGGUGUGCCCACUCAUCGUUGGGGCCAUGACCAAAAACAAGACUCGAGAGGAGUGGCAGUGGGUGUUCCUCAUCGCCGCCCUGGUUCACUACGGAGGGGUCAUCUUCUAUGGAAUCUUUGCGUCGGGCGAGAAGCAGCCAUGGGCCGACCCGGAGCUGACCAGCGACGAGAAGUGUGGCUUCAUCGACGAGGACGAGCUGGCAGAGGAGACGGGGGACAUCACACAGGGCUAUAGUGGUGGCAUGGCAGCAGUAGGCGCAGGGAAGAGUUACGGUGCCACUACAACUGGGCUCAAUGGGGGCUGGGUGGCCCCAGACAGCUGGGAGAAUGUAGAGGAGGAACCAGCUGGACAGACCUGGGCAGAUUGA